AUGGCAGAAGUAAGGUGGUACACUUGUGAUGGGCUGAGGGGAGAUCCCCGAUGCAGAUGGAACUGUGGGAAAAGGAGAUGGCUGGCUCAGACUUCUCUGUCCUCCAGUGUGGUGCUGAGCCAGUUUCGAUUCUGUUGCCACUCCAGCCCACCUCCGGUAUUCUCUCAGCACUCCUGCUACUGCACAAAAACUCCAACAGCCAUACACGGCUCUGCUUGUUAUCCUGGUCACCAUCUUCCAUGGCUGCAUCAGUCAGCAAGACUAGGCACAAAACACCAAGGUUUGAAGCCAUGGAUGAUCAUCCUUAUUGUUAUUAUAGGAGUGCUGAUUGCAGGCAUAACUAUUGGUCUUUUGAUUCAUUUCUUGGUCUCUGAUCAGAAGCUGGAAUAUUAUCAUGGCACCUUUAAAAUUUCAGAUGUACAGUUGAAUGCCAAUACUGAACAAGGUUAUGCCUAUAAUUAUAAGGACUUACGUGAGAUGAGUGAAAUUUUGGUGGAUGAAACAUUUAUGGAUUCUAUCUUGAGCAAACAUUAUAUCAAGAAUCAAGUAAUCAAACUGACGCCAGACAUAGAUGGCAUGAAAGCAGAUGUUGUGCUGGUAUUUCAGUUUCCCUCCAAAGAGAGAAGAGAAAAAAGAGAGGAAAAAAUUCAUAACAUCUUACAUCAGAAAAUAAGGAACACAAGAGCUCUGAAAAUAAAUGCUUCAUCCCUUCAGCUCAAUGCUAUGAGUUCAACAGCGGGCAAGCUAACUGUCCAAUCAUGCUGUGGCAAAAGAUUGACACCAACAAUAAUCAACAGAAUAAUUGGUGGAGAAAUUGCACCAAAGUCUGCCUGGCCAUGGCAAGCCAGCCUUCAGCAUAACAAUGUGCAUCAAUGUGGAGCCACUCUGAUUAGUAACACAUGGCUUGUUACUGCAGCUCACUGUUUUAAGAGUAAUCCCAGCCCACGUGGAUGGACUGUUAGCUUUGGUACAACUAUUUACCCUCCCUUAAUGAAAAGAAAUAUCAUUACAAUUAGAGUCCAUGAAAGGUACCGUUCUCCAGCACGAGAGUAUGACAUUGCAUUAGUGCAGUUUUCUCCUAAAGUCACCUUUACUGAUGAUAUACACCGGAUUUGUCUACCAGAUGCAUCUGAUUACUUCCCACCUACUUCAACUCUCUAUAUCACAGGAUUUGGAGCACUUGUAUAUGGUGGGGAGUCACAGAAUCAACUUCGACAGGCUGCAGUGGAAAUCAUAAGUGAUGAAGUAUGCAAGCAGCCACAUGUAUAUGGCAAAGACAUAACAUUUGGAAUGUUUUGUGCUGGUUUCUUGGAAGGACGUUACGAUGCCUGCAGGGGUGACUCUGGAGGACCCCUAGUUGCAAAAGAUGAUAAAGAUACUUGGUAUCUCCUUGGAAUUGUGAGCUGGGGUGAUAACUGUGGUAGUGUUAAUAAGCCUGGAGUCUAUACCAAAGUAACUUAUUACCGGAAGUGGAUUAACUCAAAAACUGGUCUCUAA